AUGGCAGGAGAAGUGCCUUUGCAACUGUUGCAAGAUCUGCAACAGCAGAUUCAGGAAAUAAGGGCAGAAAUUGCAACAUUGAGGGCGGCGCAGGUGAACAGGGUAGGAGGUCAUUCUGACCAGUCGGUAAAUGUGGAAACUGUCUAUUCGGAUACGGGGGAGCAACAGCCUUCACAAGGCGAGAGAAGACGAGAAAAUCGCCAUCCUACACCCAAUGCGGGUGUAGGAGGAAUUAACGGCCAAGGAGUAGGUCGUGGUGAAAGAAGGCCGGGAAGCAGGGCUGGGAGCAGAGGAGGAGGACGCGGGGGUGGUCGAGGUAAUGGCAGAGGCGAGAUUCCUCGCAUGGAAGAGAGACAGCAGAGCCCAAGGCGAGAGCGGGAACAGACUCCAAGGCGAGAGCAGGAACAGACCGAUCAGGCUGAGGGAUUACAUCCCUUCACACCAAGGGUAAUGGGAGCAGUCAUACCCGAGAAUAAGGUGCUGCCUACCAUAGAAAGAUACGGAGGAGCGUCAGAUCCUGUCAAACAUUUGCGAUCUUUCGUAGAUGCAAUGGCCGUCUACUCAUCAGAUGAAUUGGUAUGGUGUCGAGUGUUCUCUCUUUCUCUCAAAGAGGAAGCGCUAGAUUGGUUUCACUCUUUACAACCGGGCACGAUCGGUAACUUUGCCGAACUCAGGCAAUUGUUUACCCAACAAUAUGCUGCAAACAAAACGCCCGGGAUGACGUAUACAGCAUUGGUUAGGAUGAGACAGGGGCGCGACGAGUCCCUUAAGUCAUUUAUGGAUCGGUUCAGCCAUACCGCUCGGCAAAUACGAAAUGCAGACCAAAGAUUAAUUGUGAGUGCGUUGACGAUCGCCUUAAGGCCAUGA